AUGAAAGUGAAGAGUGCUUUGAAAAAGAUGUGUGAGCAUUGCUAUUUCUAAAGAAAAGGCAAAAAGGUGUAUGUGAGAUGCAAAUCCGAUCCACGUCAUAAAUAGAGACAAGGAAAUAAAUUUAGCACAAUUAUUGGAAAUCCAUAUGUUGAGAAUGGAAUGUUCAUCUAAAUCCCUCAAUUUCCAGAAUAUCAUAUUGAUUUCAAGGAUUUUAUUAAGAGGUUACCAUUUAUGUGA